AUGUUUGUCACAGAUAAGCUUAGGCACUGGUUAGGGUCUCUUUGGGAGUAUUUUCUGUCGUUAUUCUAUCAGAAAGAACUAAAUAUAGUAAUAGUGGGACUGCAAAACUCUGGGAAGACGUCGUUGACCUCAGCGUUAUUAGGUAGGCCCUUCCAACAAGACACAAUCCCCACAUUGGGGAUGCGAAUGGACCAGUUUUUCCUAGGGAGCAAUAUGGUGAAAGUUUUCGACCUUGCAGGCCAACAUCGAUUCCACCACCUCUGGAACCGCUACUUCGUGAAGGCAGAUUUGAUUAUAUACAUGAUGGACCUGUCAGAUCUUACUAACUGGGCUGAAAGCAAACAGAAAUUGCAAGAGGUAAUUCUGACCACCAACGAAGAGCGUAUUCCCAUGCUUAUCCUGGGGAACAAAUCUGAUCUACUGAACACAGAUGACCUUCUCGCCGCCAAUGGCAAGAGUCGAAAAAAGAGCGCCGACGGUCAGGGCAUGAUGGAGCAGUGGAAGUAUAUGGCUCCUCUUCUCUCAAACUACGAAUACGAAGACAUCCCGACAUACCAACUGGACGACAACAACCUGUACGUGCUCAAAAACAUAGAGAUUCUAUCGAAAGAAAUUGGUGUGGACUUGAAAAGCGGCUUCUUGCAUACUUCGAAAGGCCAAGUCUUUCUUGAUAGAGACAUUGGCAUAUUCUCCAUCAGCUGCAAAGAAGGUGAUUACAUCCAAGACAUUUUGCAGUGGAUUGCACAACUUUGA